AUGAACGGUUAUCCAGCAAAUUUCAAAAUUGUCACUCAAUCAAUCUCCCCUAAUGUAAUGUUAGCAUCUAGUGCUUUCCUUCGUUUUAACAAAUUCAAUUUCGGUAAUCGUAUGGCAUUAUUCAAAUUCAACAAAAACAUAGUAGUCUGGUCUCCAUUACCUUAUGGUCCACAAGUCCGAGCCACUCUUUCCCAAUUCGCCAAUUCCGAAACCGAGGGGGGAGAAUAUAAUAUCACUCAUGUUAUUGUUCCUAAUCGUGAACAUAACCUUGCUGCAAAAUCAUACAAGACUGAAUUCCCAAAUGUGAAAAUCAUUGCUAUGGAAAAUAUCCCCGAUAUGCCAACUGAUUAUUUAUUUACUUCAAAAUUAGGAAAUAAAGUUUUGAAAGGUGAUGAAUUGGCUUCAAUUGUUGGUGGUGAUGAAAUUAUUGUUAACAAUUUCGAAUUUGUAUAUUUACCAUUUCAUCAAAAUCAAGAAUUAGUGAUGUAUGAAAAGAGCAGUAAGGCUGUAUUUGAGGGCGAUUUGUUGUUUAAUUUAGGUGUGCCUGGUCUGACUAGUGGAAAGGUUACAUUGGAACAAUUUUCACCAGAAACAGGAUAUCCAAAAGGGUUCAAUCCUCAUGGUGGGUGGAGUUUUAUGACAAGAUAUAUGCAACCAUAUUCAAAAGUUGGGGGGUUUCUUUUUAGAAAACUUGUGAAUGUUGACAAGAGUAAACCUGGUUUGGAAGCUAUUUAUGGAUGGAAUUUUGAUAAGAUUGUUAUGUGUCAUGGAAAUGUUUUGACUAAGGAUGCUAAAGAAGCUUUUAAACAUGUUUUCCUUUAG